AUGUCUGAAUUAGUGAAGUUAGAGAGUCUUUUAAGGAUGUUGACUAUCAAACUGAAUGAUGAUAAUUUCAUCAAAUGGAACUUUCAGUUUUGUUUUGUACUUUGUUGGUAUGGUUUGUUUGAUCACUUCACUGGUGAUUCUGUUUGCCCUCAUAAAUAUGUUUUGACUCCUGAGUUAGGUAUUACCAAAGAAAUUAAUACUGCCUACAGAGAUCGGAUUAAGGCCAAUAUGGCUUUGUUAAGUCUUCUCAUUGCUACACUUAGUGAUGAUGCUAUGGAGCAUAAAGGUGGUGAUAGUGUAGACAAGUAUUUGUUGCGGUUGAAGGUCAUUAAAGAUAAACUUGUUGCUGCUGGUGAGAAAGUCUCAGAUAAUGAUAUUGUUAUAGCGGCUUUGACCGGUCUUCCAACUGAUUUUGACAUGAUCCAAAUAGUAAUUCUAGCAAGAGAAACACCAAUCACACUGAAGGAAUUUCGGGCACAAUUAUUAGGGGCUGAAAAGAAUCUUGAAACUCGGAUGCAGUCUCUUGUUCAUACUAUGGCUGCAAUGUAUGGUAAUGCUGGUUUGCCUACAUUUAAUCCUAUGACUAGUUCUUCUGGUGCUUCUAGUGCUUCAGGGUCUGCAGUUCAGUUUCCUCAAACUUAUGGAUAUGGUUUUGUAGCUCCUGGUUCUUCCACUGUUGGGUUUUCUCAGUUUCCUAGUUUCUCACAACCUACUGGUUUUUCUCAGACUUCUAAUGGGCAUAAUUUUCGCCCUCAUGGAAAUAAUUUUCAACCUAAUGGGAACACUUUUGGUGGUCAAGGCAAUCGGUCUUAUGGAAAUACUAUAGGCUAUAAAGGCCGAGGUUUAGGUGAUUUUAAACCCAAGUUUAAUGGUUUUAAAAGUGGCAAUGUUUGGUCUGGCAAUACAUCAAAUAGGCAAGAGGUUAUUCCAGAGUUUAACUGUAGACACAGGGGAAACUUUUCCUUUCAAGGGGCUCCCCCACCUCCUUCUCUCAGUGCCAAUUAUGCUUAUCAAGAUUUAAGCCCUGUCUUUCAGUAUCCUACUUCUGUGCAUUCUACUGCUUCACAGUCUAAUAUGUUCUCUGAAAUUCUAAGAGUUUCUAUGUCGUCAAGUGUGCCUGAUUUACCUACACAAUCUGCUUCUGAGUGUGAGUGUUGGAUAGUGGACAGUGGGGCUUCAGUUCAUAUGAGUCUUGAUAUUAAUCUAUUAGAAUUUUUCGUUCCUUAUAAUGGAAAUAAGAAGAUUAUUGUUGGGAAUGGUACAGGUUUGGAUGUUCAAAAUAUUGGCACUGUGACUAUUCAAAGUCCAACUAAUACUCUUUAUCUUCGUAAUGUUUUACAGGAUAAGGCCACAGGGGUGAUACUUUACGGAGGACAGAGUAGCAAUAAUGAACUGUUUCGGAUCCCUGUACAUGUGUUUCCCAAGCUACUGACUCAAGGUGUUUUCUGUUCUUCUGCGUUAUUGGGAAAAACUGUUAAGUCUUCAUUGUGGCAUCGUAGGUUGGGCCACCCUUCUAAUGACAUUCUAGCAGCUAUGUUAAAGAAUUCUUAG